GAAACAUGUCGAAAGUGUCAGGGGCUGUGGAAGGAGCACAUGAACCUCACCUGCGAGCAACUGGCUGAGAAAGAUGACAUCAAGUACAGGACGUCCAUAGAAGAAAAAAUGACAGCCGCCCGCAUUAGAAAAUGCCACAAGUGUGGGACGGGCCUCAUUAAAUCGGAGGGCUGCAACCGCAUGUCGUGCCGCUGCGGUGCCCAGAUGUGCUACCUCUGCCGAGCUGCCAUCAACGGCUACGACCACUUCUGCCAGCACCCGCGCUCGCCCGGGGCGCCCUGCCAGGACUGCGCCAAGUGCUCGCUCUGGACGGACCCCACGGAAGAUGAUGAGAAGAUAAUCCAAGAGAUUCAGAAAGAGGCUGAAGAGGAGCAAAGGAAGAAGAACGGAGAGAACAGCUUCAAGCGCAUUGGCCCUCCUGUGGAUAAGCCCCUGGAGAAGAUCCAGAGAGUGGAAGUCAUCCCCAGGCCUGUUCCUCAGAACCUCCAUCAGCCCCGAAUGCCUCCUUACCCCUUCGUGCACCCUCCCUUCGCGCUCCCUCCUGUCCGUCCCAUGUACAACAACAUUCCCCUCAACAUCGGCCCCAUCCCUGCUCCCUACGUGCCCCCCUUGCCCAAUAUGAGGGUGAACUACGAUUUUCCCCAGAUCAACGUUCAGCUGGAGCACAACUUGCCCAUGCACUUUGGCCCUCAGCCUCGGCACCGGUUCUGA